CGCACGAUGGCGACCGUCGAUGAGGAGCAGCCCCUAGCGCCCGAUGAGCAUUUCGACAACGAUCAGGACUCUUCCAUUGGUGAUGUACGCCAUUGGCGCCUUUCCCGCUCGUUUGCCGCCAGAUAUCAGCUGCAUAACGCCAAUAUAGGCAGUGCACUUGAGGCACUCACUCUAGCGCCCUUUACGAGGGCACUUGGGUGGAAAGCCGAAGAAGUCCGGACCUUUACAGCCCAGGUGAGGAAGGAUUUGAACGACCGACGAAUCCAUGCAUACUGGCCAAUUGUAUCCGUGUAUGGACAGAAGCCAGCUUAA